CUGGCGAGGAGGCCAUGCCGGGAGUGCUGCAUGCGCACAUGCGAUGUUCCUCUCGGCUCCUUUUUUUCUGUCCUUCCCUUCGGCUUCUGUCUUCGUCAGAGCGCCUUCUUCACCUCGGAAAACCACAACAUCUGGGCGGUGAAUGAGCAUAAAUAAGGCAGAAUCUGCUGGAACUAGAGAGUCCUUCCAAUACGUCUGGCUACGCCGCUUUUCUCUCGAGACAAAAGACUGUUCACUGAUUUACGGUCUUCUCCUUUCGCUGUAGGCUGCGUCGUUCCUUUCCACGGCCGCUGAGGCUUGUCCUCUGCAUUUUUCUUGGUGGCGCUGCGCUGUGUGUUUCGUCCUAAGCCAUCUGAAGGAAGUCUGCAGACCUUCUCUCUCGUCUCGAGCGACGUAUUUGAAAAAGCCGCGCUGAGACUUCCGUGAACCACCCUCGGGAUUCCGUCCCUACUCUUCAUUUGGAUUCUUCUCUGGUCUCCACUUUCCUUGUUUGUCGAUAUUCGCCUUUCCUUUCUUUUUACGUCCUUCGCUUUGUUCGCUUGCUGCUGGCCCCCGUGCGUCUUCAUGUGGGUUUGCGUUCCAGUCUUUUCCCCGACUGUAUGUUUCUCUCUUUUUCUCUGGACCCCCGUCGUCGGCACACUGUUGCCCGUUGCCCUGAUCCGCGUCCGGUCUUAGCAGUCUCUUUGUGUCGCUUUCUUCGAGUUGGUCCUUCGGAUGCAUGAGCAGACGAAAAUGCAAGAUGCAACAGAAAGCUCGCCUCGCCAGGGCAGAGGCGCAGGCUUCGCCGCAGUGCGGCUGCGACAGCAGAGACGACAAAUGGAAAUGCUGACGGAAAUGACAAAGAGUCUUUGUGAAGAAACAAAGAAGGCCAAUGCACAACCAGUAGGCGCGCCGUCGGCUCCAGAGCUGCUUCGCCUGAGGUGUGAAAUCGAGGAAUUGCGUCUGGCCAAUCGGAAGAAAGACAGCGAACUCGCUGCAGCGAAAUCGGCCCACUGGCAAGCGGUCUCUCAGUUGGAGCAACGCCUUCACGCUCUCGAAACGAACGUCGCGGCCGCGAAGGCGUCCACCAAAGAAGUUGAACGUCUCGGCAACCAGCGGGUGUUGGAGCUCCGGAAGCUGGUCUCGGAGUUGGAGGCGAAGAAUGCCUAUUUAACAGAAAAGGUGGAGAAGGCCGGGGCAGAGGUGCUCGCCGUCCGCGCGGAGAGAGACAGCAGUCGCGCUCAGAGCGAAGAAGAGAAGAGAAGAUUUGAGGAGCAGCUUGUCGACCUCCAGAAGACUCUGCAGAAAGAAAGAGAAGACAGUGACGCGGCCAAACAACAAGUCUCGAAACUCACCGGCGAGCUCGCGGAGAAGGAAGGGGAACUCGCGCUCGAGCGAGCAGCCAAAGACGAAGCCGCAAACAGGCUCGAGAAAGAUUUUGCCUGUCAACGCGAGACUCUCGAGAGCGUCAUCAGCGGCCUGCAGAGGAACUUGCGCGAAGUUGCGGCAGCGAAGGAAUCCGGCAUGGACGACCGCGCCUUGUACGCAGAAAUGAAAGCGAGAUGCGCAAAGUACGCAGAGAAGGUACAGGCGCUUCAGAAAGAGCUCGUGGAGGCCGCCCGUCAACAGGAAGCUCUCGAGCAACAGAGACAACAAGUCGAGCAGCAAAAGAGACAGGAGCGCGAGCUGGAGGAGACGACCCGGUCUCUCCGAGAAAUGGAACUCGUGAAGGAACAGCGAGAACGCGACCUCCAGGAGUGGGAACAACUCGCUGCAUCGUUUGUGUUGGACGAGCCUCCGAGUCGAGAGGCGUUUCGCCGGCACCUGCUGCUGCUCGUGAACGCACUGCAGGCGCUCCAGUUCGAGAAGACGACGGCGACUGCUCAGAUCGAAAAUCUCCGCGCAAGAAUGCAAGAGAGCGAAGAGAAGCUUAAGGCCAGGAAGGAAGCAGAGGAGCUCCUCGAGGCAAAGCUCGCGCAGGCGGAGCAACGCGCCGUGCAUCUCGCCCGCGAGACGUCAGAGGCCAAACAACAAACAGAACUCCUGAAGAUUCGUUUGGCAGGAGCGCUGAGCGCAACGAGUGAGGAGGUAGAGCGAUUGUUGGUUUCUGCUCGUCCGGUUCCUGAGGCAGCGAAGAAAGGAGACAGCGCCUCUUCGUGCGGCGAGGCGCCUGCGCAGGCAGAGACCCUUGAAAUCAAGAUCCAGGAACUGCAUGCACAGGCAGAGGCUUCCGAAAAAAUCAUCUCCCAGCUCGAGAGCACGAAAGAGCGACUGGAGAGCGAACUCAGGGCGGCGCAGCAACUCGCCGAAGCCUCUGUGACGCUCCGGCGAGAGAAAGAUGAACUUGCCACUGCAAACAGCCAGUUGACGGCGGAGCUCCAGCGAGCUGCGGAUCGCGUCUCGGAACUCCAUCGUCGCGCAGAAUCUGCGCAGCGCGAGGCGACGGACUUGCGGGUGCAGACAGGCAAAGAGAAGAACUUGCAAGGAAAUCUGCAGCGUGCACGUGAAAGAAUUGCAGCUCUGGAACUCCAGCUUGCUCGCGGAGCCCCCGACGCUCAGCAGCUUCAGAGACAAGUCGAGACACUCACGGCGGAGGUCGCUGCCGCCAAAGAGAGACUCAAGCUCCUCAAAGACAGCUACACUAAACAGAUUUCGGGCGUCCGCGAUGCAAUCUACCACACCCUGGGGUGGAGUGUCUCCUACAAAGCACCCACCGGAAGCCAAGAUGAGUCUGUGACGUUGCAGAGUUUGUAUUCGACGCACGACGGUCUCGUGGUUUUCACGCGGGGCAACGCAGCUGGCGCGGGGCUCUCUGAGAACUCGAGUGAGACUGGAGGACCUACAAGUCAGAAGAGACGAAGACGAGGAUCGGCAGACAGCACACAGAGUGUGGGGAUAGAGGGUGAGCAGCGAGAGGAAGAAAAACAGAAGGAACAGUCCGGAGUGGAGAACGAAAGUCGAGAAGGCGCUGCCGGCCCUCCUGCGUCGGAAGAUACUCAUCGAGACAAGUUUCUUUCGCGCUUCGCCAAAGAGAGAUUCCGUGUUAGCUUUCUCAACGCCUACGCCACGAAAUACGAAAAAGACGACAAAUUCAGAGCACGGUGUGCGAGUCUCGCGUGGCCGGCCUUCACAGCCAUGCUCUGUUUGGACGAACUCCAAAGCAUUCGAGCUCAGUUUGGGAGUCGCAUUCCGAAAAAUGUCCACGGCAUGUUGCUUCCGAUGCCUUAACGCUCAGUCAAGAAGCGGAGAAAAGGGAGCUCAGCCGCCUACUAUUUCUGUGUGUCUAGAUCGACAGGUAUACACGCGUGGAUGCCAGAAAUAACUUUUUAAAUUUUUUUUCGCUGUGCAAGCGCAGACUUCACCGAAAAAGCUUUCUCG